AUGGACUUUGCUGAAAUCAUUUUCGCUCUGUACAUCGUCGUGGUCGCGGUCGUCUCUCUGUUGUCCAACUUGUUGGUGCUGCUAUGUUUCGUCCACAGCACCGAGAUCCGCCGGCAGGUGCCCGGUGUUUUCACCAUGAACUUGUCCUUCUGCAACAUCCUCAUCACCGUUUUGAACAUGCCGGCCACUCUGGUGGGGAUUGUCCGGCACCAGCAGCCUUUCGGGGACUGCGUUUGCCACACGGUGAGCUUUCUGGACACUUUCCUGACCGCCAACACCAUGCUGAGCAUGGCCGCGCUCAGCAUCGACCGGUGGAUCGCGGUGGUCUUCCCGCUCAGCUACGCCACCAAGAUGCGCUACAAGGACGCGCUGAUCAUGGUGUGCUACUCCUGGCUGCACUCCUUCACCUUCUCCCUGACGGCGCUCCUUUUCUCCUGGGUCGACUACAGCGACGUGUACGCGUCGUGCACGCUGCAGUCGACCGAGGGGGGCAGCGACAGGAUUAAGUUCACGGUCUUCACCGUCGUUUUCCACGCCACCAGCUUCAUGCUCUCCCUGCUCAUCCUGUGUUUCACCUACUUGAAAGUGUUGAAAGUGGCCCGGUUUCACUGCAAGAGGAUUGACAUAAUCACCAUGCAGACUCUCUUCCUGCUGGUCGAUAUUCACCCCAGCGUGAAGCAGAGAUGUUUAGUGGAGCAGAAGAGGAGAAAGCAGCGAGCCACAAAGAAGAUCAGCAUCUUCAUCGGCUCUUUUAUCAUCUGCUUUGCUCCUUAUGUGAUUACAAGCCUCGACAAGAAGAGAGCCAGCGGACUGAACUGCACUCUGGAAUACACAGAGGGGGCAAUGGGAAGCCAGGAGCCCACGAGGUGGGGCUUUCUGCCUUUUCCCCCGAAGCAUCAGCGCUUUUUCGACUGUUUCCAAGAAAAAAUCCUCGAUUUAGAGGUCAUCAUCAAAAGGAGGACAGCAGCUAAUCCUCUCCUGCUCUGCACAGCACAAACUCUGGCUCGAGCCGAGCCCAGUACGUGGAUGAUGGGGCAGUAUACCGCCCCUUCAGCCUGCAGCCGGCCUGUCAUCGGGGAGGAAGUGACCAGCCAUAACCCUCCGAGCCCUGAAGGGCUCGGAGGGCUAUGGCUGGUCACUUCCUCCCCGAUGACAGGCCGGCUGCAGGCUGAAGGGGCGGUACACUGCCCCUUCAUGCACGUACUGGGCUCGGCUCGAGCCAGAGUUUAUCUAAGAAUCACCUGUGCAGAGCAGGAGAGGAAGGCAUCAGAAUCAGAAGUUAAACAUGAGGGAGGCAUAAACAGAGAAGCCACAGCCCACCGAUGUCUGUUUUUGUCCUGA